GGAAAAGCAGCGGAGGGCGCUAGGCUCGCCGUGGCGUGCGCGUGGUGUGAAGGACAGUGGACAGGAUGCGAGCGCGGCGACCGGCGCGGCUCUGGGCAGCUCUGCUGGCGCUGGGGGCGCUGGCGGGCGUUGCCCACGGAGACUCCAACAUCUGUGCCACCCGAGGUGUGAAGUCCUGCCAGCAGUGCCUGGCUGUGAGUCCCAUGUGUGCCUGGUGCUCUGAUGAGGCUUUGCCUCAGGGCUCACCGCGCUGUAACUUGAAGGAGAAUCUGCUGAAGGACGGCUGUCAUAUAGGGUCCAUUGAGUUCCCAGUCAGUGAGGUCCAGGUCCUGGAGGCUAGACCACUGAGCAGCAAGGGCUCUGGAGGCAGCGCCCACAUCACUCAAGUCAGCCCCCAGAGGAUUGUCCUUCGACUACGGCCAGAUGAUUCGAAGAUUUUUUCACUUCAAGUGCGGCAGGUGGAGGACUACCCCGUAGACAUCUACUACUUGAUGGACCUGUCUUUCUCCAUGAGCGAUGAUCUGAGGAACAUCCAGACCCUGGGUACCAAGUUGGCAUCUCAGAUGCGCAGGCUUACCAGCAACCUUCGCAUUGGCUUCGGGGCCUUUGUGGACAAGCCUGUGUCACCAUUCAUGUUCAUCUCCCCACCAGCGGCACUCAAAAACCCCUGUUACAGUAUGAAGAACUCAUGUUUGCCCAUGUUCGGCUACAAGCACGUACUGACGCUAACUGAUCACGUGUCCCGUUUCAAUGAGGAAGUGAAGAAACAGAACGUGUCACGUAACCGAGAUGCCCCAGAGGGCGGCUUUGACGCCAUCAUGCAGGCUACGGUCUGUGAUGAAAAAAUAGGCUGGAGGAAUGAUGCAUCCCAUUUGCUGGUGUUUACCACUGAUGCCAAGACCCACAUUGCACUGGAUGGAAGGCUGGCAGGCAUCGUCCUGCCCAACGAUGGGCGGUGUCACAUUGGCAGAGACAACCAUUACUCUGCCUCCACUACCAUGGAUUACCCAUCUCUGGGGCUCAUGAUUGAGAAACUAUCACAGAAAAACAUUAACUUGAUCUUUGCAGUAACUGAAAAUGUUGUCAAGCUUUACCAGAAUUAUAGUGAGCUCAUCCCUGGGGCCACCGUGGGAGUCCUCUCUGGUGACUCAAGCAAUGUCCUCCAACUCAUCAUUGAUGCUUACGGGAAAAUCCGCUCUAAGGUGGAGUUAGAAGUCCGCGAUCUCCCCGAAGAGCUGUCACUUUCCUUCAAUGCCACCUGCCUCAACAACGAAGUCAUCCCAGGCCUCAAGUCUUGUGUGGGACUCAAGAUUGGAGACACGGUGAGCUUUAGUAUCGAGGCCAAAGUACGAGGCUGCCCAGAGAAGAAGGAGCAGUCGUUCACUAUCAAGCCUGUGGGCUUUAAGGACAGCCUCUCCGUCCAUGUCAUCUUUGACUGUGACUGUGCCUGCCAGGCCUAUGCCCAGCCCCUCAGCCCACGAUGCAACAAUGGCAACGGGACCUUUGAGUGCGGGGUGUGCCGCUGUGACCAGGGCUGGCUGGGAUCCAUGUGCGAGUGCUCUGAGGAGGAAUACCGACCCUCCCAGCAGGAGGAGUGCAGCCCCAAGGAGGGCCAGCCCAUCUGCAGCCAGCGGGGCGAGUGCCUCUGUGGCCAGUGCAUCUGUCACAACAGUGACUUUGGCAAGAUCACUGGCAAGUAUUGUGAAUGUGACGACUUCUCCUGUGUCCGCUACAAAGGGGAGAUGUGCUCUGGCCAUGGCCAGUGCAACUGUGGGGACUGCGUGUGUGACUCGGACUGGACUGGUUACUACUGCAACUGCACAACGCGCACCGACACCUGCAUGUCUAACAACGGGUUGCUGUGCAGCGGCCGGGGCAAUUGUGAGUGCGGCAGCUGUGUCUGUGUCCAGCCAGGCUCCUAUGGAGACACGUGCGAAAAGUGUCCCACCUGCCCAGAUGCCUGCUCAUUUAAGAAGGAGUGUGUGGAAUGUAAGAAGUUCAACCGGGGAACCCUACAUGAGGAAAACACCUGCAGCCGUUACUGCCGAGAUGAUAUUGAGCUGGUGAAAGAGCUGACGGACACUGGCAAAAACGCAGUGAACUGUACCUACAAAAACGAAGAUGACUGCGUUGUCAGAUUCCAGUACUACGAAGACACCAGCGGAAGGGCCAUCCUGUAUGUGGUGGAAGAGCCGGAGUGUCCCAAGGGUCCUGACAUCUUGGUGGUUCUGAUGUCAGUCAUGGGAGCCAUUCUGCUCAUCGGUCUGGCUACUCUGCUCAUCUGGAAGCUACUCAUCACCAUCCACGACCGGAAGGAAUUUGCUAAAUUCGAGGAAGAACGAGCCAGAGCAAAAUGGGACACAGCAAACAACCCGCUGUAUAAAGAGGCCACGUCCACCUUCACCAAUAUCACCUACCGCGGCACUUAAUGAGAAGAGGCCAUCCCUAGGCCGCUGUCAGAUUAUGCCAGGACUGUGGGAGUCUCUGCUACCAUGUUUACAGAGGACAGUAUUUGCGGGUGGGAUUUGGGGCUUUGGAUUGGGAUGGGCUGGAAGAAUGCCUGUGUGUGGGAGUGUAUCUCUGUGUGUGUGUGUCCAUAUGUAUGUCUUGUGGGGGAAUAUGUAAUUUAAACCUUGUGGUGUGUCCCCAUAGGCAGAGCUCCACAGCAUUUGUCCUCAAAAUCCCUCCUGAAGGGAUUCCUCCUGCUUAGCUUGGGGGGUGGGAGGCUGUUGAUGUCGAACAGACACUCUUCAUUACCUCUGAGAAGCUAGCUGGCCUCAGCAGGCCAUUCUCCCAGAAGAGAAGAGCA